UAUAUAUAGAGAGAGAGAGAGAGAGAAUCACAAAAACAUUGAGACAGAGAAGCUGUGUAAUAAUCUCAAUCCGAUUGCUACUGUGUGUGUAGAAAGAUGGAGCUGAAAUUGUAUGUGGAUCGGCUGUCCCAACCUUCCCGCGCUGUUCUUAUCUUCUGCAAGGCAAAUGAGAUAGAAUUUGAGGAAGUGAGCAUUAAGCUGGGCAAGUUGCAGCACCGAUCCCCUGAAUAUGCAGAAAUAAACCCCAUGAAACAAGUUCCAGCAAUAGUGCAUGGUGAUUUCAAGCUUUCUGAGAGUCACGCGAUUCUUAUUUAUCUGGCUUCUGCAUUUCCUGGAGUUGCCGAUCACUGGUAUCCAGCUGACGUACACAAAAGAGCAAAGAUCCAUUCAGUGCUGGACUGGCAUCACUCUAAUCUGCGCCGUGGUUCACUUGGAUAUCAUUUUAACACCGGUAUUGCACUGGCAUUUGGUCUGCCGUUGGACCCAAAAGCUGCAGCCGAAGGUGAGAAACUUCUGUCGGCAUCUCUUGCAACGAUCGAGUCGUUAUGGCUUGAGGGAGAUGGGCCAUUUUUGCUGGGGAAUUCUCAACCUUCCAUUGCAGAUAUUGCUUUAGUUUGUGAAAUCAUGCAACUUGAGUUCCCCCUGCCCUACUGGUUUAGGUUGCGGAUGAGAAGGAUCGUGACCGUAUUUUGGCCGGACACAAGAGAGUUUUGAAGUGGAUUGAGGACACAAAGAACGCAACGGCACCUUAUUUUGAUGAAUUUCACUCCCUCAUGCCGUUCGCCAAAGAGAAGCUCAAGGAACUGAAGGCCCAAGCAAGCAAACAAUGAGGGCAACUCACUCAGAUGGGGAAGGUGUUGAAGCAAAUUUUGUGUAUGUUAUGUUGGUCUAGUUCAUGUUGUUUGUUUGUGGUGGUUGUAAAAAGAUUUAUUUUUGUUGUGUUUUCUUUUCAUUUAUUUCUAUUCAGAAAUCUUUUGUAAUCAUUAAUAUACCAUGAACAUUAAUUAUACGUAAAUUAGCGUAUGUCCCGUGCUA